AUGCACUCCUUGAAUGCUACCUUUAGCAAUCUGACCAUGGCGUUUUCCCCCUCGAGACUGGCAGCACUGUUCCUGCUUGUCACCUGUGGCUCUGUGAUUGUGUCGUAUGACUUGCAGCUUCGAGAAUCGGACGUAGACAUGGAGAGCUUGCAGCAGGUGACUGAUUUUCCUCAAUCACCACCACAAGCAAUCAAAGCCAUCAUUCCUGAGGACUCUCCAAUACCGGUACUAGUAGCCGCCAAGAGGCGUUUGCUACACGACAAAGCGCAACAAAUGGCAGAGCGAGAAAGAGUGGACAUGUACGAAGUGGGACAUUUUCCCGCCAAUUUUCCACUCGAGGAAUUUCUGGACGGCCCCGGAAUGCCCUACUACGAUGCUGACAUCCAUAACCAACUCGUCUUUCCCACGUCCCCCAAAAAUGAGGCCUUUUGCGAAUUCCAACAGGAUCUGGCCAGUGCCUUUCAUUUGCCGCAUACCAUGCAGCAACUUUUGAGGUGUUUUUCCUGGUGGCAGGCCAAUCCAACCAAAAAGCCGGCCUUGCUAUUGGACAAGCAAUUCCGUCUCAAAUCGCAAUUCACCGAAGGAUUCAUGAAAGCCCUCGUUGAGACCUUUGGACUGCGCGUCAGAGAACCCAAAAAGAACUUCAAAGCGGCUGCCGUACACGCCUUGACAACGGGACGGAACCAAUCCACCACCGUCUACUAUCAAAUGAGAUCCACGCAGGAUGCUGAAGUCUUGCGAAGUGGAAUCAUUAAACAGUACAAGCUGGAAAGCAGUGGUUGUCGAAACAACAAAUAUCCCACUAUUGGCUUUCUCAAUCGCGUCGGACACCGGCACGUUUCCAAUUCACACGACAUCAUCCAAGAAAUUGCAGCCUCCAAAAUCAAUCACACGGAAAUCCAAUACCUCGAUUCCUUUGAUGGAAAAUCCUUUUUGGAACAAGCGGCAUUCAUGGCCAAUGUGGACAUCCUCAUUAGUCCCCAUGGGGCACAACUCACCAACAGUAUUUUCAUGCCCCAAUGUGGCGGAUUUUUGGAACUCUUUCCCCGUGGAUAUCACUGGCCCGAACUCUUUGGGACAUUGGCUGCGUCCAAUGGGCAUCUGCCCGUCGGACUCUACACGGGGCCUCCCGAGAAUCGUACGCAAGAUAUCAAGUACUUUUGGUCCACCUAUGAGCUUCGCAUCCAAGCCAAACACAAAUCCGUAGAGGCACAUCCGGGAAUGUCGGCCUUGGCCAUUCAAGAGCUCGUCCUGCACCGGGAAUCCUGCUGCCAGCAGCAACUCCAAGACAACAACAAGUCGUAA